UAAAUCCAAUCAGAUGGCUGAAUAGUUCACAGAGACGCAUAUAUCUGUUCUGCAAACUAGUCUUGUGUGUAGCCGUGUAGGUCAAAAAUUGCCGUGAUGGAAGAAUCCUUCGAUGAGGUCUUAACACCAGUCUUGCAAAAUAUACUGAUGGAAAUUGAAAAAGAUCCGAACUUGUCGAAAACUGAGCCCCACUAUCAAGAUUGUUUCUUUGAGUCGAUAACUGGCAACUCUGAGACCUGUCUCAUGAAAGAAAACCAUUCAUUGAAGUCCAGGGAGCAUCUCAAUAAUAGAGAGAGCCAAUUCCAACCAGCUGUUGGUAUAUAUAAUUCUCUUCAUUGCGACCUGAAAUACUCCACGACCGCCAUGUCUGGGGUCCAUGUCGAAUUCCUUAAUCUACGGGAAGUGUACGAAAAGGCCCAAACUCGAAUUAAUCGUAAGUCAAGGCAAAGAAUUAUCAAAGGAAGAGUCGAUAUGGUGGUGACGUUUGAUGCACAGAUACAGGAUAUCGCGGUAAUGGUAGAAAGAAUUCCCAAAGCUAGAGCACUAGCUGGUGACCAAUGUGGGCAGGUGUCGCUGGAAGUCAGCGUCGAGAAGCUUGAGCUGAACAAGCAGUACUUCUCGGUGGAUUUAGACUCGAUUUACCUAGCACAAGAUGGCCGUACACCUGUAUAUAAACUAUCAACAGUCGAUGCAGAACGCCGCAACAGAUUUCACCUAGCAAUCGUAGUGAUAUUUAUCGAUGGAACUCGAAGCCAAACAAUAUUUAGUAGACCAUUCCUGUUAAGAAGCAAGAAAACGCUACGCUGCUUUAGAAGCAUUUAAUACUAGGUACAUGCGCACUGAUGCUGUGUGGCAACAUGCAUGUAUGCAUUGAUGAUAUGCCGGUACAUAAUGAUUUCUCGAGGUCUCUAUUAGAAAAACCGCUUUAUUAACACCUUAUUGCUCCCUAUUGCUGUUAAUACUGCCGAGCAAAUUUCAGAUGAGCGUGAAUCUUGCAUAUAUCAGUGGCACACAAAGAAUAAUUCAUACAGCAUAUCAUACAAGUUAAUUUUUCAUAUUUAUCAUGUGAUAUGUGUAACAUCUAAUAUAGGUGAAAUAAGAAAUAGCAUUGUAUUGUGAGCUAGGUUUAUUAGAUAUACCAGAAACGUUUUUGUAAGAUUCUGAACUAAACGGAGAAAAUAUAAUAAUAUAAAAAAUUAGUUUUUGCAAUUUUUUGAAAAGACUGCAUGGUAGAAAACUUUUUUCGCUUUUGAUAAUAUUUAAUUCAUUAUAUGUAAAAAUGCACAACAAUAAGUAUUAAUUUAUCAUUGAACUAGUCUGAAAGAGGCUAGGACUGUCUACGAAGAAAUUCAUAUACAGGCUAAGAGGCCAGCUGAAUUUGUAGAGUUUCGCAAUUUUACAUUUUUAGUUAUUCAAGUUUUGGUAUUAAAAUUCAUAUUGCACUUUUUUUCUCGGUUACUGAUGAUCCCUUUUGGGCUCGCAAUGAACACAGGUGUGCGUGUGCGGCUCGCAAUAUCGCAUUCAUUUGUGAGCCUAAGUUUGAUUCUAGUUUGAUAAAUAUAGACACUGUACAGUUAAAAUAUGUAAAUAACACAUUUAUGAAUAUAUAAAUAAAGUUAUACUAAAAAUA